GAGAAAGACAAAGAGAGCAGACCGUUGGCUAGCCGGAAAGGAAAUAGCCUAAGGCGGCACGGCGAACGACAAAAUCAAGUGAAAAAACGUUGCUUGGGAAGGAAAAUUAUUCAAACCUAAAUUCAAAUUUGAGUUCUUGGGACUACCCAAAUCAAUCAAUCAGACUUCAAAUUUAUAUAUACCAACUGUAUAUAUACACAUCUCUCUCUCUAUAUAUACAUGCCAUUUGUCCAAGAGCAGCUCAACAAUUUAGAUCUUCAGUCCCUUUCUAUCGCCAGGAGAUCAAAUGCGUGGAACCAGAAAAAAACUAUCCCACAAGGAAUUUGGGAAGUCUUGUUUAAACAAGAUACAGAAUCCUAAAUCUAAACCAAGUGAAAAUGAUAUUGGUUCGGCCAUUUCACAUAAAAAAGAUAUAAUUUACGUAAGCAAAGGGAGGAGGAAUGACCCUGCAGGAAGAAAUGUGAUUAGUAAAGAAACUCAUCAAAGCAAGUCUUCCAAGAAGCAAUCUGAAUUGAGACAUCAAGGUGAAAAAGCCCCAGCAAUUAGCUCAAUGGAGAAUGAGAAGCAUGCCGAUGACGAUGUUAAAUCUCAGAAGUUAAAGAAAAGACGAAAGAGAAAGAGGCAAAAGGAUAAUGUGGAGCUAGAUGAAGCUCCACGCCUGCAAAGGAGGACAAGGUACCUCUUGAUAAAAAUGAAGCUGGAGCAGAACCUUAUUGAUGCUUAUUCUGGGGAAGGUUGGAAAGGUCAGAGUCGAGAAAAAAUUAAGCCAGAAAAGGAACUACAAAGAGCUAAAAAGCAGAUAUUAAAGUGUAAACUUGGAAUCCGUGAAGCCAUUCGCCAGCUGGAUCUUCUUAGCUCUGUGGGAUGCAUUGAAGGCUCUGCAAUUGCUCCAGAUGGAUCUGUAUAUCAUGAACAUAUAGUCUGUGCAAAAUGCAAGUUGCGAGAAGCUUUCCCCGAUAAUGAUAUUAUACUCUGUGACGGGACAUGCAACUGUGCUUUUCACCAAAAAUGUCUCGAUCCUCCACUGUUAACUGAAAACAUUCCUCCAGGAGAUCAAGGCUGGUUUUGCAAAUUUUGUGAGUGUAAGAUGGAAAUAAUAGAAGCUAUGAAUGCUCAUAUAGGUACCCACUUCUCCACCGGCAGCAAUUGGCAGGACAUCUUCAAGGAUGAAGCAGCUUUGCCUGAUGGUGGGGGUGCUUUGAUGGAUCCUGAACAAGAAUGGCCUUCCGAAGAUUCUGAAGAUGACGACUACGAUCCAGAAAGAAUUGAGAAUAGCUGCAGUUGCAACAGGGCUGGUUCAGAAGGUGAUGUUUCAGAUGAUGCAAGCAGUUCCAGCAGUUCAUGGUCACUUGAGGAUGAAGUGUUUUCUGAAUCUGGAAGGUCAGCUAAAAGAAGCAAGGGCCUCCAAAAUUCAUCUGCUGAGUUGAUUAUUGGAGUAGAUUCUGACGAGACAACUGAUUGUGAAAUUACACAUGGCCGAAGACAGCGAAUAGCUGUUGAUUAUAAAAAGUUAUAUGUUGAAAUGUUUGGAAAGGAUGCUCCUGCAAAUGAUCAAAUUAGUGAAGAUGAAGAUUGGGGUCCUGCUAAAAGAAAGCGUAGAGAAAAGGAGUCUGAUGCAGCUACCACCCUUAUGACUCUAUGUGAAAGUGAGAAAAAAUGUCCAAAUGUCAAUGCUAAAGAAGUCAUAGAGAAACUUCCAAGUGGACACAUUAAAAGGUCGUUUUUCAGAAUUCCGCCUAAUGCAGUUGAGAAGCUCCGACUUGUGUUUGCUGAGAAUGAACUUCCCUCAAGAGCUGUCAAAGAGAACCUUUCCAAGCAGUUGGGUAUUGAAACUGAGAAGGUUAACAAAUGGUUCAAGAAUGCACGUUACCUAGCACUUAAAGCCAGAAAGGCAGAGAGAGGAAAACCAUUUGAUAGUGUUAGUCCUAAAUUCUCUAAGGAAUCCGGAUCAGAAAGUGGAAAGCACAAAACUGCUGAUCAAAUGGCAUCAAAGGAUAUGCCAUCAGCAACAGGAGCUCUUGCACCUAAGAAUUUGAAGAAAUUACUUAGGAGAAAGAACCGGCAGUCAUUAAUCAGUUCUUUAAAGAAAAAGCAACACAGGAGAGAUUUACUUAUGACACCAGCCAAAAAAGACAAGGCUUGUAUGGAGUUCAGUGAUGAUGUGAGCUUGAAAUCUUUGAAAGCCAAUGUUAGGAGGGAGAGGAAGCGAGUUAACUUCAGGGAUGCAGCUGGAGUACAAGAAGCAGAAGCUGAGUUGGAGAGGCUCUGUAAGGUCAAGAGUAAAGUAGAAAAACUCCAGCAGGUUUUACUGGGACUUCCCGACCGUAGAUCUAAUAAAGUAGAUACACACCCCUUCAUUGAAAAGCCAGUUAUCUAUGUCCCAGUAGCAGAGCUAAGGGAGAAAAUAUGAUCUCUUUUAAAUUAUUGGACAGAAAAUGUAUUUUGGUGUAUAUAUUUAAGUUGCUUUUCUUGCCAGGUAUUAGUGCCUUGCGCAAUCUUUUGACAUUUCUUGGGUCAACGGCAAGUAAAUCAAAAAGAAAGUUGAUGUACAACAUUAGAAAUAUAUAUAGAAAAGGUGCUGGCUUUCAUCCAGCAAAAAUGUUCCUAUUUUGUGGAAUUAGGACAAUUUAUUUUGUGGUGCUUUCAUAAAA